AUGCAGGUAACUGUAGGUCAGUCCUAUGAAAUCCGUAUGCUUAACAGAAAACUAGCCGAGUGUAAAGGUAUAAGCUGCAAAUAUAUUAAGAGUAUUGUGCGUGUGGUGUUUCAUGACCGACGACUUCAGUACACAGAGCACCAACAGCUGGAGGGAUGGAGAUGGAACCGACCAGGAGACAGAAUCUUGGAUUUAGAUGUCCCUCUGUCAGUUGGGAUCGUGGAUCCUCAAGCACAUCCAUUGCAGCUUAAUACCAUACAGUUCCUCUGGGAUCCUGACCAGAAUGCCUCUGUGUUUAUCCGGGUUAACUGCAUUAGCACCGAAUUUACUCCUAGAAAUGGUGGAGAGAAGGGAGUCCCCUUUCGCAUUCAGAUAGGCACCUGUGCAGCCAGCGAGCAGGGGGAAUAUGUUAAAUAUAUGCACUCCGCCAGCUGCCAGGUCAAAGUAUUUAAGCCAAAAGGUGCAGAUCGCAGACUCAAGAAUGACCAAGAGAAAAUUGAGAAAAAAGUGCAAGAUAGAGAGAAAUAUCAACCCUCCUAUAAAACUACUGAGCAAAUUUUUUCAGGUUUGUGAGAAUGCUUCCCUUGGCCUGAAGCCCCAUCUAUCAACACUACAAGAAACACUCCAUCUCCUGUUUAUCCCAGCAGUCCUGCUUCAUACAGCUUUCAAGAGGGAAGCUGCUCUCCAGACCAGCAGGGGGAGCUUCUUCUGCCCAGCUACUUUGAUCACCUGUUGCCUUCGUCCUCCGCGCAUGACACACAGCAGUGGUUGCAUCGUAAUAGGUUCUCAUCUUUCUGCAGGAUUUUCUCUGGUUUCUUAGGUUCUGAUUUGCUAAAAAAGAUAUGUGGGCCUGCUGAUGGAAUCCGUCUUUUUAAUACAAUCGAGGGGAGGUGCGUACAACCACGUCUCACUGUCUAUGUAUCUCAGCUGCAGAAUAGAUAUCAACCACAUGCCAAAGGAGGGGCUGAUGGAGUCUACCAUGCCCUCUACCUAGAGGACCUUACUGUGUUUGAGCUCACUGAGAAGAUAGCCAAUCUAUAUAAUGUGCCCUCACAAAGGAUUCAUCAUGUAUACAGACAAGGGCCGACCGGGAUUUACGUCUUGGUUUCGGAUGCGAUGGUGCAGAACUUCACAGAGGAGGCCAGCUUUAUAAUCAGCACUUUGAAAGAUGAAAGUAAUGAUGGUUACCAUGUUGUACUGAAGUGACCAGCUACUGGAAAAUUAUGAAUCCUUAUAGCUUAUUUAACAGACUCUGUGAUUUUAAGUUGUAUAUGACCUGCGAGAAUGUGAUGUGAAUAAACAAAGAAGAGCUUUGUAUAACUAUA